AGCAACAGCGCAGAUCAGCCCCUAUGAACAGCACAGCAGUCGGGUCCUCUUUCAAACCAAAACACACACUCUGACACACACUGCGCUGGACAUCCCACACACACAAAUGCCAGGACACUCACACACAUGCAAUCCAAUAACGAGAGCACCGUCAGUCGGAGCUGCCUGCCGCUGCCGGUGGCAGCCCUCAACGCUUCUCCGAGACACAAAGCUGGGAGCCCGCUGUGAGAGGAGCUCCUGCUGCUUUUCUGGCACAAAGAAGAGGGGAGCCAGAGACUUCACUUGGGAAGCGGUAGAUAAUUCAGCAGCAGUGCUUGGAGGAGAGAGGGAGGGAAGGUGAGUGAAUGCAGUCCAGUCCAGCUGCUGUAGCUGCCACUGCUGCUGCUGGAAGAGGAAGAGGAAGAGGAGGAGGAAGCUCAGUGACUGGAGGAGCAACUUUAUCCAGCACAGACCCACAGUCAGAGCAGACGGCCAGCAGGGAUCAGAACACCUCCAGGCUUGCAGAUGUGGAAGGAGCGCGGUGCAAGUUCUAGUCCUGGGUUUCUGUCCCAGUGAUUCGGGAGCAGGACGAAGCAGUGGAAAGGAGGGCCAUGGGGGUGAGCCUGGGCCAGGAUGUGGGCUGGCUCCUGCCUUUCCUGUUCUUGCUACUGAUGAUCACGGUGUCAUCCGCCCAGAGUCAAGGAUGUCCCCAGCGUUGUGAGUGCAUUGCAAAACUCAAGACUGUGUCCUGUUAUGGUAAACGCCUGUCCGCACUGCCAGAUGGCAUCCCGCUGGACACCAAGAUCCUGGACCUAAGCGGGAAUAAACUUCGCUGGGUGGAGCAUGGUGACCUGCUUCCAUAUUCACGUCUUGAAAGGCUGGACCUGAGCGAGAACAUGGUCAGUGUCCUGGAACCGAAUGCUUUUUCUAGUCUCCAGAACCUGCAGUCGCUUUCACUGAGGGGCAACCAAUUGAAACUGGUCCCCAUGGGGGCUUUCUCCCGUCUCUCCAACCUAACAUCACUGGACCUCAGUGGGAAUAAGAUUGUCAUUCUUUUGGACUUUACUUUCCAAGACCUGAAAAAUCUGAAAAACCUGGAAGUCGGAGACAAUGAUUUAGUUUACAUUUCCAACAAGGCCUUUCUGGGUCUGGUGGGGCUGAGGGAGCUGACCAUUGAGAGGUGCAACCUGACUUCUGUGUCCGGCCAGUCUCUGUCUUACCUGCAUAACCUGGUGGUUCUGCGGCUCCGCUACCUCAGUAUCUCCACCUUAGAGGACCAGAACUUCCGUAAGCUGGGAAACCUGAGGGGCCUCGAGAUCGAUCACUGGCCCUUUUUGGAGCACAUAUCCCCUCACAGCCUGCAGGGGCUCAACUUAUCUUGGCUGUCUAUUACUCACACUAACAUCACCUCUGUGCCCACCUCUGCCCUCCGCAGUCUGGCUCACCUCACCAGCCUCAACCUGUCCUACAACCCUAUCUCCGUGUUGGAGUCCUGGGCCCUGCGGGACCUCGUUAGGCUGAAGGAGCUGCAUCUGGUCAACACAAAUCUGGUGGUCGUGCAGCCGUAUGCGCUGGGUGGUCUAAGGCAAAUCAGCCUUCUUAACUUCUCCACUAACGGCCUGGUGUCCCUGGAAGAGGGAGCCUUUCAGUCUGUCAACACUCUGGAGACGCUGCGUUUGGACGGGAACCCUCUGGCCUGCGACUGCCGCUUGCUUUGGAUCCUUCAGCGCCGCAAGACCCUCAAUUUUGACGGCGCCUCCCCAGUGUGCAUGACGCCCGUGGAGGUGCAGGGACGGGCUCUGAACGUUUUCUCUGACUCGGCUCUCUUUGAUCACUUUACUUGCCAGAAGCCCAAAAUCCGCAACAGGAAACUGCAGCAGGUUUCUGCCCGCGAGGGGCAGGUUGUGUCAUUCAUUUGCAAAGCAGAAGGUGAGCCGGCACCGAUGAUAUUCUGGAUCUCGCCUCAGCGCCGCCGCAUCACCACAAAGAGCAGCGGCCGCCUGACUGUGUUACCGGAGGGCACAUUAGAAAUACGGUACGCCCAGGUAACCGACAGUGGAACCUACAUCUGCAUAGCCAGCAACGCUGGCGGAAACGACACCUAUUUUGCCACACUUACAGUUAGUGGGCUGCCGCUAGAUGCAGCCCUUAUGGCCAACCGCACGUACUACGCAGGGGACCUUAAUGACACGAAUCUGAAUGACACCAGAGUCUUCUUGAAGUUCACUCUGGACCUCAAGACCAUCCUCAUAUCCACAGCCAUGGGCUGUAUCAUGUUCCUGGGGGUGGUGCUCUUCUGUUUCAUUCUGCUGUUUGUGUGGAGUCGAGGGAGAGGGCAGCACAAGAACAAUUUCUCAGUGGAGUAUUCCUUCAGAAAGGUGGAGGGACCCGCUGCCAGUGGAGGACAGGGCGGGGCACGCAAGUUCAACAUGAAAAUGAUUUGAUUUUUGGGAUCUGUACUUCCCUCAUUAGUAUUCUCACCCUGAUACUGUUUACAAGCUCAAGGGACAGGACGCUGACGUGGACCUUUGUGCUUGCAAAAACAUGAAAUGCAGUUAUUUAUGGGAGAUUUUAUUGAGACAAUGUUUUGUUAUAAACUGCUGUAUGAGAAAAGGGAAAAAUCUGCAUGGAUUUGAUAUAUUUAUGUGUUCACCUUACCAUGCAGAGCGAACCUUGGUUUUGAAAGUAUAAAGAUGUCUCGAAUAUGUUAAAAGACCAAGCAACGAAAUCAGUCCCAGCAGUCUUUAACCUCGACAAAUCUCUCGCCAGUUCCGUCCUUCUUCUCUACAAGGAACUCGUCUUUAAAGGACUUCACCUCUCUGCUCCGCCUGAGGUUGUUUUCGCUCUUCAUCCCCAAACCCAGGAAUAUAUUACAGCCCGGUGGUGCUCAAUGAAUGCCAAGGACUUGCCAAUAUGUAUUUGAAUAGUUCCAGCUAUAUACUGCAUAUUUAGACUUAUUUACAGUCAGGACCUUAGGGCACUAGUGUGACAUAGAGGCGCUGUUUUUUAUUUGCUAAUGGUGGCUUUGUACAGAGUACAAUAAGACACCAAGAGACUCUGCAACACUGCCAAUUUGACCGUAAAGCACCACGUAAUGUGGUAGAGAGAAGUUUCUUCUCAUUGGAUACCACCAAAAGAUGGUCAAAAAGAAAAACAGGACAAUUAAAAUACAAUUAAAGAUACAAUUAAAAGGACUCAAUGCACAUCUGUGUGUGACUAACCAGUACAUGCGGAUACACACUUGCUCUUAGGUUCUCCGUUGUUUAUCCAGAACAAACUGUACAAGACUCCGUAUAUACUCUUGAUCUGAGAAGGACUGUGUGUAAAAGAUGAACGCAUUUACAGAGUUGGCUUCUUACUUUGAAUAACAUCAUUUGUAAAUGUGUUGGGGUGCAUUCAUCCCACUGUUGAAUAGCUCAUACUGUAUAGGUCGGAUAUAUACUGUCUAAGAUGUAUUAUAUAUUUUGUAAUCAAAACCUUGUGGUUGUUUAUAGUGCUGUUGAGUGAUCGAUCCAAUUCUUCUGUUCUGCUGUUAUAUCUACGGUUAAAGUCUCUUUUUCAGAUCAUGGAUAUGCAGUCCACCUUAUCAUGUCGUCAGAUCCCUGAGCUCACAAAACAAAUCCUGAAGAGCGUCUAGUUCAGGGGUCAGCUCACUUGCCUAUUUUUGGCUGAGGCUCGGCUGACCAGCGGGGGGGGAGGAGUUAAGCGGGUUCACCGCAGGACCUCGGUGUGUUUGAGACACGCACGGGGGGAAAAAAAUGCAAAUGUGAUAACAAAACCUGCAGACUGGAACAAAGGUCAGGACGAAACUGAGCCAGAGAGGAGAGGGAGUCGGUCAAAGUAUUCAAGGAAGACAUCGGCACUAUAAUGCAAAGGGCCGCAUGUUAACCUGUAACAAUACACACCUCCUAAGAAAACUGUACUGCAUUGUGUAAAGGGUUAAGUAGAAGUGGGUAUAAAGGUUAUUUCAAGCUGUUUAUACACAAUAUAGUACAGUAUAUACUGAUACUAUACAAUACAAUCUGUACUUAAUAGAAUCUAAUUCAAUCUUUUGGAUCCUUAACAUUGAUUUGUAGUCACGGCACGUAAAGUAAAUGCAAAUGUGUCAUUGUUGGGCCUUGCAAAGUCAGUCUGAUAGUUUCAAUACGAUAAAAUAAAUCGAGUUUCCUCCAUAACUUCAAACAUAAUUUGGAGAGAGUGAGAAUACAGGUGACCUGCUGCUACUGUUCUAACCUCAUCUCUUGAUCUGUGGGUUAUUAAGCGAUACACUCUUCCUGUCCACUCAGCUGCUGCAGCUCUGGCAGUGUUACUCUGAUGCCCUCUGCUGGCUAGAUAUGGUACUGAAUUAUUCACGAUGAAUUAUUAGAGUACAAUAAGAUUUGACCUCCCCAACCUUGAGACUUAUUAGCAAGCAAUUCAUUCAGUUUCCCCUAACACAUUGCGACUGUGAAUGUGUGGUGGAGGGCUGAUCUGGAUCCAGUUGUGUUGGAGGUGAAUUUAAAUUUUUAAUUAUGACUCAAAUGACACGACCUGGGGGGGAUAAAGAGGACUCUCAUAUUACUUCAUUUUGUGUUUGUGUUCAUCCACAUAUACACUGCACAACACAUUUUACAGAUUAAAUAUGGAAUUAUUAAUAAUGAAGUGUGACUAUGUUCCGCGACUGAUUCGACAUCAGUUCCUGUCUGCAUUUUUGGAAAUGUAAACAUCAUUUUAAUUGUCCUUAACUGAAAAAUGUAAAUAUGGAAACAGUUGUGUCUAGGAAUUGUGCUAGACGUUUUUGUAUUGUAUUGUUUUAUAAAAAAAAAAAUGAAGCACACUGUUUAUAAAGCAUGCUAUGUUAUCUGCUAUGAUGAUGUCUUUGACCUGUCCUAUUUUUAUUUAUUUUUAAAGCGGUCAUCUGGUCGAUUAACAGCUACGGUGGAAGUCUGAGAAGUUGAUUGAGCGUCGACAUUACACCUGUGACCUCGUCACUGUGAAAAUUUGUGUUGCAAGUUUUUUUUUGUUUUUUUGAAUCAGUUUUUCUUCCAAGGUUUUGUCGUAUUUAAAUUUUUAGUGGAUGUCCCAUCGACACUAUACGCAUUAAGAUGUCAUGAUUCACUCAAGUUAAUGAUAUGCCUAGGUACUGCUUACACUGUAUGAGCAGAGUUAUUAUUGUUCAUUUAUAUGCAUUCAUCACAUCACAAGUUACAGAAAUAAAUGACAUUUGUGAGCAGAUUAACAAUA